GAAAUGCGCAUGCGCAGAAACGCAACACGAGACUUCGCUGGAAGUCAGAUCGCUGUUUGCGUCACGCGCCGGAACCGAUAACAACGCCGACAGCGCGCGCAGUGACACCGAGUGCAUUAUUUCAUUUAUUCAUCAAAGAACCGACAUCAGACCAGGCGCGUGAAGGUGUGUCACCAUGUUGUCAAGGCUGCGUGUGAGUGUGUGGCCGUGUGUGAGAGUGUGUCGCUGGACUCACACUAAAGAGAAGGGCAAACCACUGAUGCUCAACCCACGCACCAACAAGGGCAUGGCCUUUACACUGAAGGAGAGACAGGUUCUGGGACUUCAUGGUCUGCUGCCACCGAAGAUUGAGACUCAGGACUUGCAGGCCAUGCGCUUUCAGAGGAACUUGAGGAAGAUGUCUGACCCCCUGCAGAAGUAUAUCUAUCUGAUGGGGAUUCAGGAGCGUAAUGAACGUUUGUUUUAUCGAGUGUUAAUGGAGGACAUUGAAGCUCUGAUGCCCAUCGUGUACACGCCCACUGUGGGGCUCGCGUGCACCCAAUACGGACACAUCUUCCGCAGGCCCAAAGGUUUAUUUAUCUCCAUUAUGGAUCAGGGACAUGUUCGUUCUAUCUUGGACAACUGGCCAGAAACUAACGUGAAGGCCGUGGUGGUAACAGAUGGUGAGAGGAUUCUUGGACUGGGAGAUCUGGGAGUGUAUGGAAUGGGAAUUCCUGUAGGGAAACUGUGUUUGUACACUGCCUGUGCUGGAAUCAGACCAGAGAGCUGCCUGCCUGUGUGUAUCGAUGUGGGGACAGAUAAUGAGAAGUUGCUAAAGGACCCGUUCUACAUGGGCUUGUACCGGCGGCGUGAACGCUCACAGAGGUACGAUGAUCUGAUUGAUGAGUUCAUGGAGGCAGUGGUGGAUAAAUACGGCCAGGACACACUCAUCCAGUUCGAGGACUUUGGCAACCACAACGCCUUCCGCUUCCUGAAGAAGUACAGACACCGUUACUGCACCUUCAACGAUGAUAUCCAGGGCACUGCAGCAGUAGCCCUGGCUGGUUUGUUGGCAGCACAGCGUGUGGUGGGCAAAGCAAUCACUGAACACACUGUUCUGUUUCUGGGAGCUGGAGAGGCAGCUCUGGGUAUCGCUAAUCUGAUCGUCAUGGCAAUGAUGGAGGAAGGAUUGAGUCAGACAGAAGCACGCAAGAAGAUAUGGAUGUUUGACAAAGAUGGUCUCCUUGUUCAGGGCAGAUCCCAGUCCACAGACAGUAAUCAGGAAGCGUUUGUUCACCCGAGUCCUGGAGAUGUAAAGAGUUUUCUAGAUGCUGUUAAUGUCAUUAAACCCACAGCCAUCAUCGGCGUGGCAGGGGCGGGGCGUCUCUUUACUCAUGAUGUCGUCAGAGCGAUGGGGUCGUUAAAUGAGCGGCCAAUUAUCUUCGCUCUCAGCAACCCGACUGCUAAAGCUGAGUGCACUGCAGAGGACGCGUAUAGCCUCACACAGGGACGGUGUUUGUUUGCCAGUGGCAGUCCGUUUAGUCCUGUAACUCUGGAUGAUGGCAGAAUGCUCAUUCCAGGACAGGGAAACAAUGCUUACAUAUUCCCAGGUGUGGCUCUGGCUGUGAUCCUCAGUGGAGUCAGACACAUCAGUGAUACAGUGUUCCUGGAAGCUGCGAAGACCUUGGUAGAGCAGCUGACUGAUGAGGAAUUGAGUCAGGGUCGGCUUUAUCCUCCACUGUCCAACAUCAGAGAGGUGUCUGUGCAAAUGGCUGUCAAGGUGGUGGAGUACCUGUACAGUAAGGGCAUGGCGUUCCGGUACCCAGAGCCAGUGGAUAAGGAGGCGUAUGUCAGAUCCGUGGUGUGGAACACGCAGUACGACUCGUUUCUUCCUGACACCUACGAAUGGCCUGGAGUCUCCUUCAGCCCCAUCCUGGACUAAUCCUCACACACGUCUUCAUGGCCCUCAGUAACGCUCCUCCUGACCGUCUGAAUUUACAGCUUCAUUAGUGAAGAAACACUCCGGCUGUGUCUGUGUGUAAUACAUAUAUAUAUACACACACACACACACGCCCCUGAUACACACAGUCCAUCACAAAGUCUUGUGUAAUGCACAUCAUCUUCCAGUAAGCUGUUAGCUAUCACACUUAACCCUCCACUAGCCUGUUUCACCAAUCUCCAUCCCACACACUCCUGAUAGCAUCAUCAUCAUCAUCAUCCAUCUCCAUCCCACACACUCCUGAUAGCAUCAUCAUCCAUCUCCAUCCCACACACUCCUGAUAGCAUCAUCAUCCAUCUCCAUCCCACACACUCCUGAUAGCAUCAUCAUCAUCAUCAUCCAUCUCCAUCCCACACACUCCUGAUAGCAUCAUCAUCAUCAUCAUCAUCAUCCAUCUCCAUCCCACACACUCCUGAUAGCAGCAUCAUCCAUCUCCAUCCCACACACUCCUGAUAGCAUCAUCAUCCAUCUCCAUCCCACACACUCCUGAUAGCACCAUCAUCAUCCAUCUCCAUCCCACACACUCCUGAUAGCACCAUCAUCAUCCAUCUCCAUCCCACUCACUCCUGAUAGCACCAUCAUCCAUCUCCAUCCCACACACUCCUGAUAGCAUCAUCAUCAUAAUUAAAAGAAUUGUGUAAUGAGCACCAACACACACUGUGUGUGUGUGUGUGUGUGUGUGUGUGUGUGUGUGUGUGUGUGUGUGUGUGUGUGCUUUAGUCUCACAGCCUCUGUGACUUGACUCAGUUCAGCACUGUGAGUGAGUGAGGUGCAUUAAACAUGAAAUGUGACAGAGGAAUGGAGAUGAUUGUGGUGGUGAUGAUGAUGAUGAUGAUUGUGGUGAUGGUGAUGAUGAUGAUGAUGAUUGUGGUGAUGAUGAUGAUGAUGAUGGAGAUGGUGAUGAUGAUGAUGAUGAUUGUGGUGAUGAUGAUGAUUAGUGUUAGUUUUAUAGUUUGGAUGUUUUGUGAUUUGUCUGAAUUUAUUUGAUUUCAGUUGCUUUGUAUAAAAUUAUUUGCCGUAUGAAUAAACACAAAUUAUGUG